UCCUCUAUUUCUCUCCACUUUCCCGCACAAGAAAGUGAGAGAAAAUAUCCGAGAAAAUUAAUUUUAUCAGUUAUAUGACAAUUACAAGAACAAAAACAAAGAAAUGCAGUCUCAGUUCUCGAAACCAAUCGAUUCAAUUAAUCUCCGUAAACACUUCCCCUCCUCUCAUCUUCAUAAACACGUUUUCAGAACCAAAUUAGCCUCCAAAAAGACCACCUUUCUUACAAUUAAGCGCAACAAACUCACUAUUACUGCAUGUAAAGCUUCGAAUUCUUCUAAUUCAGUUGCGUCCACGUUAUCCAGAAGCUCGGAGGAAGAUGCCGAGUCCAGUCAGCUAUUCGAGAAGUUGAAGGAAGCCGAGAGGCAGCGGAUUAGUAAGUUGGAGGAACUGGAUAGGAAGGCCAAUGUGCAGUUAGAGAGGCAGCUUGUGAUGGCUUCUGGUUGGAGCAGGGCGUUAUUAGGUAUGCGUGGAAAGCUGAAGGGAACAGAGUGGGAUCCUGAGAACUCACAUAGGAUUAACUUCAGCGAUUUUUUGAAACUUCUUGACUCCAAUAAUGUACAAUUUAUGGAGUACUCAAACUACGGUCAGACUGUAUCAGUGAUUCUGCCAUACUACAAGGAUGAAAACAUGAAAGGAGAAGAGGGGAACCCAGAGAAGGAAAUUAUUUAUCGGCGCCAUGUGGUGGACCGUAUGCCCAUUGAUUCUUGGAAUGAUAUUUGGAAAAAGCUGCACCACCAAUUAGUAAACGUUGAUGUUCUCAAUGUGGACCCUGUACGUGCAGAAGUCUACUCCACGUUUGCAACUGCAGUCAUAUGGUCCAUGCGACUUGCCCUUGCUGUUGGAAUAUAUGUAUGGCUUGACAAUAUGAUGAGACCAAUUUAUGCAAAGUUAAUACCUUGUGAUUUGGGAACUCCAACCAAAAAAAUUAGGGAGCCGCUUAAGCGCCGUGCUCUCGGAUCUUUAGGGAAGAGCAGGGCAAAGUUUAUAUCAGCAGAGGAAACUACUGGUGUUACCUUUGAUGAUUUUGCUGGUCAGGAGUAUAUAAAGAGGGAACUACAAGAAAUUGUACGGAUUUUAAAGAAUGAUGAAGAGUUCCAGAACAAAGGUAUUUAUUGCCCAAAAGGUGUCCUUCUCCAUGGGCCUCCUGGAACUGGUAAAACACUGCUGGCUAAAGCUAUUGCUGGUGAAGCAGGGGUACCUUUUUUCGCUGCCAAUGGUACUGAUUUUGUGGAGAUGUUUGUGGGUGUGGCAGCAUCACGUGUAAAAGAUCUUUUUUCUAGUGCCAGAUCAUUCGCACCUUCCAUAAUUUUCAUUGAUGAGAUUGAUGCAAUUGGUAGCAAGCGUGGUGGACCUGAUAUUGGUGGGGGUGGUGCAGAAAGGGAACAAGGCCUGCUUCAGAUAUUGACUGAGAUGGAUGGGUUUAAAGUUUCUACAUCACAGGUGUUAGUUAUUGGUGCAACCAAUAGACUGGAUAUCCUUGAUCCUGCUCUACUGAGAAAGGGUCGUUUUGACAAGAUUGUAAGGGUUGGUUUGCCAUCUAAAGAUGGUAGAUUUGCCAUAUUGAAGGUGCAUGCUAGAAAUAAAUUUUUUCGUUCAGAGGAGGAAAAAGAUGCUCUAUUGCAAGAAAUUGCUGAGCAAACAGAAGAUUUUACUGGGGCAGAGCUGCAAAACAUACUGAAUGAAGCUGGGAUUUUGACUGCUAGGAAGGAUUUAGACUACAUUGGACGGGAAGAGCUUUUAGAAGCUUUGAAACGGCAAAAGGGCACCUUUGAAACUGGUCAAGAAGACAGUACGGAUAUUCCGGAAGAAUUGAAAUUGAGAUUGGCUUAUAGAGAAUCAAGUGUAGCCAUUCUUGCGUGCUACUUUCCAGAACCCUACCACCCUUUUGCAGAGACAGAUAUAAAAUCCAUUCGUAGCCAGCCAAACAUGCGUUAUAUAGAAACUUCUGGCAAAGUUUUCUCAAAAAAAUCAGAUUAUUUGAAUGCUAUAGUCCGCGCAUGUGCUCCUAGAGUAAUUGAGGAGGAGAUGUUUGGGGUUGAUAACAUGUGUUGGAUCUCUGCAAAGGCUACGCUAGAAGCUUCACGGCUUGCAGAAUUUUUGAUUUUGCAAACUGGGAUGACAGCAUUUGGAAAGGCAUACUAUAGGAAUCAAAGUGAUCUUGUGCCAAAUCUUGCAGCCAAACUUGAAGCUCUUCGAGAUGAAUACAUGCGUUUUGCUGUGGAAAAAUGUGCAUCUGUCCUGAGAGAAUAUCAUUCAGCUGUAGAGACAAUUACAGAUAUUUUACUUGAAGAUGGAGAGAUCAAAGCCGAGGAAAUUUGGGACAUAUACAAAAGUUCACCACGAAUACCUCAGCCUCCUGUAAAUCCAGUCGAUGAAUAUGGAGCCCUAAUAUAUGCUGGUCGGUGGGGAAUUCAUGGGAUCUCACUACCAGGAAGGGUCACGUUUGCCCCGGGAAAUGUUGGGUUUUCAACGUUUGGUGCACCACGCCCUAUGGAGACCCAAGUUGUAAGUGAUGAAACCUGGAAGCUAAUCGAUAGUAUUUGGGAUAAACGGGUUCAAGAAAUAAGAACAGAAGCUUCAAUGGAGAUUGAAGAAGAUAACGAGAAGCCGGAACUUUUGAUGGCCAGCCAUUUCCUUUAAAAAUACAAGGUGUUUCCAUCUUCUGGAUUCUUAUGCAAUUUCUCCACAUACUAAUUGAAUAAUUUCAUGGUGAGAAAUUUGUUCACCCUGAAGUCAAAUUUCGUAAGAGCUUGUAUUUUUAUGAUUAAAAAAGUAGAUUCUUUAUUGUUCUAGUAUUCUACUUAUGUACUUGUGUAUAUUCAUUGUAUAAUUGUAUUUUUUUACUUAGGUUUUUAUCCUACUCCUACCAGGAUGUUUCGUGGCCAAGUUAUAUGCAUA